AAUGGUUCUUCGUUCCCAGGGUUCCGUGAGAGCCGUUUGCCCCACCCCACCUCUUCAACGCUAUCUAUCUCAAUGUUCAAUCCUCAGAGAGAAAAGGGGGCAAAAAUAAUUCAGAGUAACACCGCAAAGAAACGAUUCUGCUCUCCCCGGCCGGUCCACCGGAGCCGACGCGGCCUCUCGGCGGUUAAAGGUAAACGUCUUGGACAGUGACUGAGAGCACCGCGGUGUGUUCAUGUAUCAUGCACAUGUAACCAUAAUCUGCCGUACGGAUUCAAAGGGAAUACACAAACCUGAGAGACUUGACAGCGGGCUGUUCCUGCGCCAAACAAGGAAAUAACGGAGGCUUUUUUCCACCAGUAUCACCUGGAUAUCGCGUUAUAUUCAAGGACAUCCGACUGCCAAAAACCAAUCGCCUUUGCUUCCCGAUGUGAGGAGAAAUACAAAUUAACGUGACAGAGAGAAAAAGGACGAAGAAGGGGCCUCUUUUCUUCUGGGGUCUGGUCAAACCCUCCGAAAAAAAGCAAAGCACCAGCAUCUGUGGACGGGGAGAGGAAAUAAUUUCGGCUAAAAACAAGAUAUUAUUGAUAUCAACCCCCCCAGCUCCCAAAAAAACGGUGUAUUCCUGACGAGUUGUGAUAGAGAAAGAAGCCCCGGUGUAGCCUGAUGAUUCACAUGCCGUCAUUUUAAGAGGAAAUAUUUAUUUUUUAUUUGUUUCCCACCCGCCCUCUGAUGUGCUUUGGUUAGUUGGAUUGCAAACAACAUUUACAAAAAUACACAUUUAAAUCAUAGAGAUAAAUAGUGUUGUGUGUGGAAAAGGAUUGAAUGGCAGUGUGAGAUAUCUGCCGAAGAUGGGCUCCAGAGGAGACAUUUGCUAAGAAAUCUAAACAUAUACGUUGAAAACAGCUAUAAGGAAACCGGACCACCGACGUUCAUGCGUGUACAUUACAGGGCUGGAAAAUUCACAUCCACUCUCUCAUAUCAAUGUUGAUGACUUCAUUGCUGAUUUACAGUGAAAAACACAGGAAUCAAGCGACUGAGAGGGCGGCAUCGUUGCUCUGCUGCUUUUUAUAUGUAGUGAUCUCCUGCCAGUAAAUAGCCACAUCCAUCGGAUACAUAUUGUGCCAAAGCCUGGUGGAGCUCACCGUCUACUACCUAACAUCUUCUUUCAUCUGGCAACAUAAAUGUCACCCAUUUUGAGCCAGGUGUUUCUCUGUUGGGCCAGUCUAGGAAUUUAGGAUUGAUUAAUUUUCUCCUGAUCAACACCCUCCCUCCUUCCUCCCUUCCUACACCUACCUACCAAAACACCCACCCUGCCUCCCCCUGAACCUAUCACUGGGUUUUUUUGGGAAGAUGGGCUGUCUUGGCAAUAGUAAGACUGAAGACCAACGAAAUGAGGAGAAGGCACAGAGGGAAGCCAACAAAAAGAUAGAGAAGCAGCUCCAAAAAGACAAACAGAUAUACCGGGCCACUCACCGGCUACUACUAUUAGGGGCCGGUGAAUCCGGGAAAAGCACGAUAGUCAAACAGAUGCGAAUAUUGCACGUCAAUGGCUUCAACGCAGAGGAGAAAAAACAGAAAAUCCAUGAUAUUAAAAACAACAUUAAAGAAGCUAUAGAGACGAUCAUUGCUGCCAUGAUCACGCUCACACCGCCAUGCAAGUUAGCCUGUCCUGCAAACCAGUCCCGAAUCGAGUAUGUCAUGCACCAAGUCAACCGGAAGGAUUUUGAGUUUCCUUCAGAGUUUUAUGACCAUGCAAAGUUCCUCUGGCUUGACGAGGGUGUGCGGUCCUGCUGGGAUAGGUCUAACGAAUAUCAACUCAUCGACUGCGCUCAGUACUUCUUAGACCGGAUUGAGGUGGUCAGGCAGAACGACUACACACCCACUGACCAGGACCUGUUGAGAUGCAGAGUGUUGACAUCUGGAAUCUUCGAGACACGAUUUCAAAUAGACAAAGUCAAUUUCCAUAUGUUCGAUGUUGGAGGUCAGAGGGAUGAACGUCGAAAAUGGAUCCAGUGUUUUAACGAUGUGACAGCCAUCAUCUUUGUGGUGGCGAGUAGCAGCUACAACAUGGUGAUCAGAGAAGACAAUCAGACCAACAGACUACAGGAAGCCCUCAACCUCUUCAAAAACAUCUGGAACAACAGGUGGCUACGGACCAUUUCGGUAAUCCUCUUCCUGAACAAACAGGACCUGCUCGCUGAGAAGGUUUUGGCAGGGAAAUCAAAAAUUGAGGAGUAUUUUCCGGAGUUCGCACGCUACACUACGCCUGAUGAUGCAAUACCAGAACCAGGGGAGGAUCCCCGUGUCACAAGGGCGAAGUACUUCAUUCGGGAUGAGUUUCUGAGGAUCAGCACAGCCAGCGGGGACGGACGGCAUUACUGUUACCCCCACUUCACCUGCGCCGUCGACACAGAAAACAUCCGCCGCGUCUUCAAUGACUGUCGCGACAUCAUUCAGAGGAUGCACCUACGGCAGUACGAGCUCUUGUGAUGGGCAGCGGUGACCGGCCUACGUAUCUACCUACCUAUCUAUCCCCCCCUCCCCCACGACCAGUUAGCCAAUCACCGUCCCCCCUCCACCUCACCCAACUUCACCAAACAGCCGAGCCCUCUCCUCCAUCCUGAUUCCUCUCCCGGGGGACUUCAGUGGAAGACUUUUCUUCAAAAAAAGGAGUUAAGGAAGACAUUUUCAUCAACUAUUAGCCAGGACUGACUGCUGUGCUCAGAAACAGACUGGAAUCCCUCCGUGCAGGCUAUCCCUCCUUUCAGCUCUCUCAGAUAUAAACACACACUGGCAGGUACACACACACUACAGCAUUCAGAGCCCUUAAAUAGAUUGUAAUGUCUAAUAUCACACACAGAGAGCCUUUUAAAACUGAGUCCUCCUGCUCGACAGUCGGCAGAGGCUGAGUUGAAUAACGCAUUCUGAGAGAGAGGAGUUUAUUCCCCGUCUGCUGAAGGAGGAAGGGAAGAACAAUGGACAUGGAGGAUGGAGAACUGAUACAGAGGAGGGCUGUGAGCCUUUUUUGUUGCCCGAACAGAUGGACUAAUUGACUAACGGCUGCCUGUGGACGUGAGCGUGACUCAAACAUAAGACCACGCGGCUCACAUGACCGCUCUUCAAGACACCAAUCGAAGAGAAAACAACAAAAAAAUUGAGGAAAAAAAAGAAAAUAAAUACCAUACAAUGCAUACCAGUGAACUUCAUGCAGUGCAGAGAAUCCAAGAUAUAUAUAUAUAUAUAUAUAUAUAUAUAUAUAUAUAUAUAUAGAUAUAUAUAUAUAGAUAUUUAUAUAUAUGUGUAUAUAAAUAUGUGUAUAUAUAUAUAUAUAUAUUCCUGUAAUAACACAAAUCAACUUUUACGUUUUUGUUAGUUUUUACCCCAUGUUGUGUGUUGGUGUACCACUGUGUGUGUGAUCUGCCUUUGUGCACCAUUUAACCCCCCCCUACACACACACACACACACACACACACACACACACACACACACACACACACACACACACACACACACACACACACACACACACACACACACACACACACACACACACACACACAAAUACAUCCUCGCCCCCCCCCCCCUGCCCCUGCUGCUAUUUCAUAAAUACUCAACAUAUGGAAAAUAAAAGAGAGGUUUUAUAUAAUAAGGAAAAACACAUCGAAAAGGAAAGCAUGAAUAUAAAGACUUAUCAAGACUGGAUGCAACAUUUUACCUGGGAACACACUCUAAUAUACACACACACACACACACUCACGCUUCACCCUCAUCAGCUCCCCUUCCACACGCCUCUCCCCCCCCAAACCUUUCGUCUUAUUCUCUCACCCCUCCCUCCCUGUCCCACCUGGCUUUAAGUACGUCUGUCUUUAUUUUACUGCUGGACUAUUAUUCUUGUACAGACUGUAAAAUGUAUUAUUUUGUACAACUUUAUUGAAGAAAAAAAAAUACUUGUAGAAGAUCCCUGUGCCUUGAUCACGACUGUACGUGUAAAAAUGAGCUAAUAUGUAAGUUAUGUUUCACUGCGCUGUACAGCUGGAGGGGGCUGUCCCACCUCGUCCGUGCUUGCUCCCCCCCUCCCCCCCGCGGCAGGGCGGGGGGAGGGGCAUCGGAUCGGGGCUUUGGCCUUUCGUCUGUUGCUUAGUUUCCUUCCCCCCCCCCACAUUUGUUUGUUCGUUAAUUUGUUUGUUUUGCUUUGACUCUCCUCUGGUUUAUAUAAUAUGAUUUGAAAAAAAGAAAUUAAGAAAAAAAAAAAGAAGAUUAUCAGACACACCACCUUUAAUGCUGUGUAGUGAAAGAUACUGAACCCUAACACAAUUUAAUAUAUAUAUAAAAUAUAUUUCAUAUUUUAUAUAUAUGCACUGUACACUGAUAUCUAUCUCCCUUGUGAGCUGUCCACCAGGUUUCCUUUCUGUCAGUAACAUCUGCAUACGUUGUUGGAAAGGUGGCGAUUCUGGGUGCAAUGGGAUGGGUAUUCAUUUGUUUAUUUGUUUUUUAUUUUAGCUUUAACUCUUUUGAAGGAGAGGCAAAUAUCCAGUUGCAAAACAUUGCUUGUUUCUACAUAAACCAAAUUCUUUUUUGCUUAAACAAGAAGAAACGGUUGUAUUAGUGUUUGGUUCAUUCUACGGCUGAGUUUACUCGAUCCUCUACAUCUGCACCACACACUCAGCUGCCCGUUUGUUAGGUUCACUUGUCUUAAAGUGCAGUCUAAUGCAGCAGGCCUGCAGUGAAUCCAACCCUAUGUAGAUUGUAAUGUUCUGUGAGAGGUCUUCUUAUUUCUGCCUCAGUGAGGGGAGACUCAAUAUUAGAAACACCUCUCAGUCAAACAGGAUAAACAAUUGAUGAUAAUAAAACGUGUUUAUAUUGCAAAACCAGAGAUUGCAAAGUGUUUUAAGGGUUAUAUAUAUAAAGAUACAACAUGAGAACAUGGGCUGUAAAUAUUUAGAUCAAUUAAUAAAAAUAUUAAAUGUGUUCUUA